CCGCUGCUACCCACGUACAAUACAAGUCGGUUAUGUAGGAAUUUUUCUUUUCUUUCCAGUCACCGCCUACGCCAUGUUCGUCAUCUAAGGGAAUAUGCCUUGCUUCCAUUGAUCAACUACGAAGAUAUCAGGUGCUGAAAGUGUUGCUAGCUCAUAGUCUGCUCUAUGUUUUAAUCUGUACAUACCAUCGGAUAACAAGGGAAGAGAAGGAUCCCGGGUAAGCAUUCGGCCACGAGCUGAACACGCCGUGGCGUUUGCUUUAGGUCUUACACUAGCGCGCGAACCGGCUUCUUGGUAGAUCAAGCUUCGUCGAAUCGUGCAGAUCGUGCUUGGGUAUCAUUUACUAAAUCCCAGUGACCUCUUCGCUGGGAAAUCGGGGGCCCUGCCUUUUUCUCUAUCCACCCUUUCUGCUUCCCAGAUGUUUCGCUCGUCGAACCAUGCCCGGGUCUUUCGCUUCCAACCAGAAGAUGGGCUCCGACAUCUCUCUAGAUGACGACGAUCCGGCUCCGUCCCCGGAAAACAUCCCGGACAUACCAUGCCAGCAUCCCUCACCUACCAUGUUGUCGUCAUCCCAGAGUCCAACCCGUUCAGAAGGAGAGCGCAUGGAUUGUCUUGUUCGACGGAUGAGCGAACAGACAUUCGUGCGGGAGUCAUUAAUGGCAUCGGCGAUGGAGUCGCGAGGCUACGAGGCCAAUUCAACCUUACCAGUGAAUUCGACCAAUUCAGAGCCAAUUGAAGUAGACAUGAAAACGCCGCCUUACAUACCCGAGUUUUCAAACGAGUUCUCGAAUGAGUCCAGUUCUGGUCACCAAACCACCUCUCAACGCCCGAGCGACCAGGAUGUAGCACAUUUAUUACCGCCCCAACAAUUGGACAGAAUACCCAAUCAACCCAGCGAUCCAAUUAUGGAUGGGGCCUUAACCCCCGGUAUCGUUGCCGAAGAAAAACGGAAUCCGCCUGAAAUGAGUCUUAACAAUCGCUUUCCCAACCUGCGCAGGUAUGAUUUAAUGGCGAAAAUGAUCGAUAACGAAGAACAAUGCAAUAUACGCAUAUCGAGACCAGCAACUCUAAUUCCAGCAUCUCGAAUUCCUUCUUCAAUCGACCCUGUGCCUUCCGCCGGUCCUCCCAAACGUAGCGGUCGGCCGCUGCCAUUCGAUACCAAUACUGUUCUAGAGGUCGACGAGGCGAUUUGCACGCAGCCCGACGAGGAGACGCCUAGUGACAUUCUGAGCCUAAGGGAUGCUAGGGGCCCGGAAGGCAUUAGGAAGCUGGGACACCUUAAAUACAGAACGUCGUUGGAGACGGCUAUGCGGUGCAAGAAUAUGAGGAAGAGCGCACCGAGGAUGCGGAGAAGGCCAAAGCCGAAGGAAACGCAACAAAGGGAUGCUCGGAUAGACCCGGCGUCAACGACGACUCCGACGAGCUCCACGGCAGCAUGAUUUCGGGUUAUUCUACGUUUACAUUGUUUCAUGGGUUUUCUUUGGUCUUAUCACAUAUACCCCGAGGCUGGAGGCUGGCGUUGGUGGUUGAGUUACGGCAACAAGAGGGUAUUGCAUAUAUUACGUCGGGGACCAUUCAUUUCUGGGUAGGGUUGAAUGGGCCAUGUUGGACUGUCAAUAGCAUUGGGUUUGGCGUUAGGGGGCAUAUGGAUUCAAGCUAUUCAAAGGCUGCAUGGGUUUGUUCAACUAAACCACGAAUUGCUCCUCUAUGAUUUAAUUGAAGAACGGGAUGGGUAAAGGAUGGGUUGGGAAUCCGUCGUGUACCUAAAUAGGUACCUAGGUAGGUACUUACGAUGUCGGUUUACCUGUAUAUAAGGUAUGCUAUGAUAGUAUUUCUGCGAUUUACAUACAAAUGUCGAUUAAGUGAGUUUGUCCUGCUCAACUCAAGGUCGACACCCAAUGUCUUUGGUAGAGAUCCCUCAACCAAACUACUUUCAAAAAUAGUGAAAUGCAAAUUUUACUCAAUUCA